GAAGUCCAGAAGCAUUCUGUGCACACACUUGUGUUCAGAUCUUUGAAGAGAACCCAUGAUAUGUUUGUAGCUGAUAAUGCCAAGCCUAUCCCGUUAGAUGAAGAAAGUCACAAAGUAAAGAUGGCAGUCAAGCUGCGUACAGAGUAUGGCUCAGUGUUACACAUGCCUACUCUUAAAGAAAACUUGAGAGAGAAAGGAGGCCCAAACACUGGGGAUCCUUAUGGACACAAACAGUAUUCUGGAAAUCAAGGACAAGAGCUUGAGUAUUUGAUAACUGGUACGCAUCCAUACCCACCUGGGCCUGGUGUGGCUCUUACAGCAGAUACUAAGGUCCAGAGGAUGCCUAGUGAAUCUGCAGCACAGUCCUUAGCUGUAGCACUUCCUGCUUCUCAGUCCAGAUUGGAUGCAAAUCGGACAGCUGCUGGCGUGGGUGAUAUUUACAGGCAUGCUGGAAUAUCUGAGCGUUCGCAGCCUCCUGGGAUGUCCGUGGCUAUGGUGGAAGCUGGUGGGAACAAAAAUUCUGCGUUAAUGGCAAAGAAGGCUCCAACCAUGCCCAAACCUCAGUGGCAUCCACCUUGGAAACUGUACAGAGUUAUCAGUGGUCACCUGGGCUGGGUGAGAUGUAUUGCAGUAGAACCGGGAAAUCAGUGGUUUGUUACUGGUUCUGCUGACAGAACCAUAAAGAUCUGGGACCUUGCUAGUGGCAAAUUGAAAUUGUCUUUGACGGGACACAUCAGUACUGUACGAGGGGUGAUAGUAAGUGCAAGAAGUCCAUACCUCUUUUCUUGUGGAGAAGACAAGCAAGUGAAAUGCUGGGAUCUUGAAUACAAUAAGGUUAUCAGGCAUUACCAUGGUCAUCUAAGUGCUGUCUAUGGUUUAGACUUGCAUCCAACAAUAGAUGUACUGGUAACAUGUAGCAGAGAUUCAACAGCACGAAUUUGGGAUGUAAGGACGAAAGCCAGUGUGCACACGCUAUCAGGACACACAAAUGCGGUAGCGACAGUGAAGUGCCAAGCUGCAGAACCACAAAUUAUUACAGGCAGUCAUGAUACUACCAUACGGCUCUGGGAUUUAGUGGCAGGAAAAACUCGUGUUACUUUAACAAAUCACAAGAAAUCUGUAAGAGCAGUGGUGCUACAUCCAAGACAUUACACAUUUGCAUCUGGUUCUCCAGAUAAUAUUAAGCAGUGGAAAUUCCCAGAUGGAAACUUCAUUCAGAACCUCUCUGGUCACAAUGCUAUCAUCAACACACUGGCUGUAAAUUCUGAUGGUGUUCUGGUCUCAGGAGCUGAUAAUGGCACUAUGCAUCUUUGGGACUGGAGAACUGGGUACAAUUUCCAGAGAGUACAUGCAGCUGUACAGCCAGGAUCUUUGGACAGUGAAUCGGGAAUAUUUGCUUGUGUGUUUGACCAGUCAGAAAGCAGAUUGCUAACUGCUGAAGCUGAUAAAACCAUAAAAGUAUACAAAGAAGAUGAUACUGCG